AUGACAUUUAAACACGUCGAAUAUUUAUUAGAACAUACACCAAAUUUACAGGAUUUAUUUUUGUGGAGUUGGUAUCAUUUACUUAGUGAAAAAAAAAUGGAAAUCGAUACUAUCAGUCCAAUGUUCGAAAUUGUUAAAACUUGUAUUAAUAUGUACUGGGCGCCCAUUGGAGAUGAUUACUUCCAUCAAGCAUCAGAUGAUUUUCAACAAGAGUGUGGAACAAUCCCGUUUUGGGUUGAACGAAAUGUUACAAUUACAGAUGAUGAAGAUUAUUCGGCUCACGAUUAUCGUUCUGAUAUUAUAAUUCGAUUUAAUAUUAAAAAACCGUGUUUCAUACAAAAAUUUCUUGUUUUGUAA